UCUUCAUUUAAAUACGUUUAUUCAUAGUGUAGUGUGUAGCGAUAUGUCAUGCAAACACACACGUCUUAAUGCAAUAUUUGCAUGGGUGGGGUGAUAUACUGGCGAAAUUUACCCUUUGUCCUGGCCUUGUCUUAUCAACGUGUGCAAACACACGCCGUCGGAAAUCACGUUGGAAUCUCGCGGGACUUUCAAUUUCCCAGUCCAAGGUCGUGUGUGUGUGUGACAGUGACAAAGCAGUCCGCCUCUUUGCUGCUGAAGCAUUACCACGGAGGCCAUGUUGUCAUCAGGCUGGCCCUGGGCGGCUGCACCAACCGACCCUUCUACCGCAUCGUAGCGGCUUACAACAAGAGAGCCAGAGACAGCAAGCACCUGGAGCAGCUGGGCUCCUUCGACCCGCUCCCCAACACCCACAACGAGAAGCUGGUCAGCCUGAACUUUGAGAGGAUCAAGUACUGGAUUGCCUGCGGGGCACAUCCCACCAAACCCGUAGCAAAACUUUUAGGCCUGUCGGGGUUCUUCCCCCUGCACCCCAUGACCGUGACCAAGGCGGAGCGAUUGCAUAAAACAGCGGCGCAGAAAGAGGCCCUCGGGGCUUCCAAAGAAGGGAGCGAGGAGACCAGCGAGAGCAAACCAGAGGCAGCUUAGCCCCGGACUGCAGAUCCAAGACGCUUCACGUUUGGAACCUCAGGUCGAAGCAGAGUGCGUGGCGGAGGAUUGAGAGGCUGGGUCCCCAGUACAGCACAGAAAGUGCCACCUCAGAGACUCCUAUUGCAGAGCACUUUCACCCAUUCCAGGUUUUAGUGA